GCCGGGGGAGGCAGGGGACUCCGCCUCCGGCGUUUCCCUCACCGGCACUGAGGAGGGGGCACUUCCGGGGGUCCUUCCCCUUUAACCUCCCCCUUCUCCGUCUCCGGUAGCUGGAGCCCGAGACCCCACCCCGGGGGCGGGGACCUCGCAGUGACACGUCGGACAGCAGCGGCCGUGGUCGAGGCUCCUGCGCGGAGCGCUGGGACCCUGCGCCGGACGGAGGAGGAUCGGAGCGCCGCGCAGGGGAUUCGACUAGGACCGCGUCGGCGGGGAGGGAGCGGGCCCGCCCGCUUGGCCCGGGCCCUUCGGAUCCGCCCCCUCCCCGGUCCCGCCCCCUCGGAGCCUCUUCUGGCUGCUGUGGGGCUGCUCCGGGCCCCGGGGCCCGUGGUCCCGGCGCCAUGCGGGCAUCGCUGCUGCUGUCGGUGCUGCGGCCCGCAGGGCCCGUGGCCGUGGGCAUCUCCCUGGGCUUCACUCUGAGCUUGCUCAGCGUCACCUGGGUGGAGGAACCGUGUGGCCCAGGGCCGCCCCAACCGGGAGAGUCUGAGCUGCCGCCGCGCGGCAACACGAACGCGGCGCGCCGGCCCAACUCGGUGCAGCCGGGAGCGGAGCGCGAGAGGCCUGGGGUCGGCGCAGGCGCCGGGGAGAAUUGGGAGCCGCGUGUCUUGCCCUACCACCCUGCACAGCCUGGCCAGGCCGCCAAAAAGGCCGUCAGAACCCGAUACAUCAGCACGGAGCUGGGCAUCAGGCAGAGGCUGCUUGUGGCGGUGCUGACCUCACAAGCCACGUUGCCCACACUGGGUGUGGCCGUGAACCGCACGCUGGGGCACCGGCUAGAGCGUGUGGUGUUCCUGACGGGCUCUCGCGGCCGCAGGGCACCACCAGGCAUGGCAGUGGUGACACUGGGUGAGGAGCGGCCCAUAGGGCACCUGCACCUGGCACUGCGCCACCUACUGGAGCAACACGGUGACGACUUUGACUGGUUCUUCAUAGUGCCGGAUGCCACCUACACCGAGGCACAUGGACUGGCUCGCCUAGCCGGCCGUCUGAGCCUGGCGGCCGCUGCCCACCUGUACCUGGGCCGGCCACAGGACUUCAUCGGUGGAGAGCCCGCCCCAGGCCGCUACUGCCAUGGCGGCUUUGGGGUGCUGCUGUCCCGCACACUGCUGCAGCAGCUGCGCCCCCACCUGGAAGGCUGCCGCAACGACAUCGUCAGUGCGCGACCGGAUGAGUGGCUGGGACGCUGCAUCCUCGAUGCCACAGGGGUGGGCUGCACUGGCGACCACGAGGGGGUACACUAUAGCUACCUGGAGCUGAGCCCUGGGGAGCAUGUGCAGGAAGGAGACCCCCGUUUCCGCAGUGCCCUGACAGCCCACCCUGUGCGUGACCCCGUACACAUGUACCAGCUGCACAAAGCUUUUGCCCGAGCUGAGCUGGAACGAACAUACCAGGAGAUCCAGGAGUUGCAGUGGGAGAUCCAGAACACCAGCCAUCUGGCAGCCGAUGGGGAGCGCGCAGCCGCCUGGCCUGUGGGCAUUCCGGCACCAUCCCGCCCGGCCUCCCGUUUUGAGGUGUUACGCUGGGACUAUUUCACGGAGCAGCAUGCUUUCUCCUGCGCCGAUGGUUCGCCCCGCUGCCCGCUGCGAGGGGCUGACCGGGCCGAUGUGGCUGACGUUCUGGGGGCGGCCCUGGAAGAGCUCAACCGUCGCUAUCAUCCAGCCCUGCGGCUCCAGAAGCAGCAGCUAGUUAAUGGCUACCGACGCUUUGAUCCUGCCCGGGGUAUGGAGUACACACUGGACUUGCAGCUGGAGGCGCUCACCCCCCAGGGUGGCCGCCGGCCCCUCACCCGCCGGGUGCAGCUGCUGCGGCCACUGAGCCGUGUGGAGAUCUUGCCUGUGCCCUACGUCACCGAAGCCUCGCGUCUCACCGUGUUACUGCCUCUGGCUGCGGCCGAGCGGGACCUGGCCCCUGGCUUCCUGGAAGCCUUCGCCACUGCGGCGCUGGAACCUGGCGAUGCCGCGGCAGCCUUGACCCUGCUGCUCCUGUACGAGCCACGACAGGCCCAACGGGCGGCCCACGCGGAUGUCUUCGCGCCCGUCAAGGCCCACGUGGCGGAACUGGAGCGGCGUUUCCCCGGGGCCCGGGUGCCCUGGCUCAGCGUGCAGACGGCCGCACCCUCCCCGCUGCGCCUCAUGGAUCUGCUCUCCAAGAAGCACCCGCUGGACACACUGUUCCUGCUGGCCGGGCCAGACACGGUGCUCACGCCUGACUUCCUGAACCGCUGCCGCAUGCACGCCAUCUCUGGCUGGCAGGCCUUCUUUCCCAUGCACUUCCAGGCCUUCCACCCCGCCGUGGCCCCGCCCCAGGGCCCUGGGCCCCCGGAGCUGGGCCGAGACACGGGCCGCUUCGAUCGCCAGGCAGCCAGCGAGGCCUGCUUCUACAACUCCGACUACGUGGCGGCCCGAGGGCGGCUGGCGGCGGCCUCAGAGCAGGAGGAGGAGCUGCUGGAGAGCAUGGACGUGUACGAGCUGUUCCUGCGCUUCUCCGGCCUCCACGUUCUGCGGGCCGUGGAGCCGGCGCUGCUGCAGCGCUACCGGGCCCAGACGUGCAGUGCCCGGCUCAGCGAGGACCUGUACCACCGCUGCCGCCAGGGCGAGCUGGAGGGCCUGGGCUCCCGCACCCAGCUAGCCAUGCUGCUCUUCGAGCAGGAGCAGGGCAACAGCACCUGAGCCCGCCCUGCGCCCCAGCACCCUGGCACGGCAGCACCCCUCUCCUCCCCAACAACCCAGAGUCACCUGCCAGCCUCGCCGGACAGGGCCGGCCGUGGUCUCAGACCCCAGGGCAGAGCCCGCUGGCCCCCUCUCUCUAGCUUUGUGGGUCCUUGGGCUCAGGACAAGCCCUGGGAGGUGCCUUUGGAGCCACCCCUUCUUGCCCCAAACCUGGUCUCCCUGCCUCUCCUCCCCCCACCCCCCCCAACGCCCCCCCCACCCCCCCGCCGCCCUUGACGCUGCUGAUUCAGGCUGUGGCCUCUGAGUAUUUAUGCAGUGCAGUCUGCCUGACGCCAGCCCCAUCUCCCUCCUGGGGGCUGGGCUGUAGAUGAGUGGUUGGGGAAGCGGGGAGCUGAGAGAAGAAGGGGGGGUGUCCCCCGGCUUCUCCCUUCUGGACCUGGAUGAAGCUCCCUGCCUUUAAUAAACUGGCUGAGUGUGGACUAGUGA